GGGGGCCCGAGGACCAGGGGGCCCGAGGACCAGGAGGCCCGAGGACCAGGAGGCCCGAGGACCAGGGUGGAGGCAGUUAUAAGACAGCUACAGUGUGAAGCAGUACUUCCAGGCAAUGCCACAGAGAAAUCAUACCGAUGUUGAUUCAUGCUUUUAUGACAUUAUUUAUUGUAUAUGUUUAAAACCAAGUACUUUGACUAUUGUUUAUAAUAACUUAUGCAACAUUAAGAGUAUUAACACAAUUAUAAUUUAUCCAGAAUUGUAUGAUUACCUAUCUUGCCAAAAAAAAGAAAAAAAUAUGUAAUUUAAAAUGAAAAUCGUAACAUCGAGUUCUUACGAUGAAAGUUUGUAUGAUCAUUUUUAACUUGUGUAACCUGUGGGGUACCCCUACUUAUCUACUCCUAAACCUGCUCCAGUAAUGUCACCUCGACUCUCCUGAACCCUUUUGUAGCGCUAAACACGUCUGAUCACCCUGCUCUCAGAUACCAACCCUGCUCUGUCUUUCAACUACUUUUCUAUGUGCAGUGAAGAGCUAUAGAAGCGAUAUGCUGUAAUACCUCGCUUUUCUAUGUCCUGUCAUUGUGCUUAGUCAGCAUCCAAUUCUUAGAGCUGAGAAAGAGAGAGGGAGAGAAAGAGAGAGGGAGAGAAAGAGAGAGGGAGAGAAAGAGAGAGAGAGGGAGAGAUACAGGUCUGUCCACAUGGAUGUCCCACAGCAAGAGAUAAUCAUGAUGACAUCUUAGAACACACUUUUUAAAUAAACUGCUAAGCUUCCCCCCCCCUCCUAAGCGGUUCCUUUGCUCUCUUUUGCAUUCUGGACAAGUAGUAGAACAUUCUGGAAGUAGAACAGGCAGCUAUCUGUCACUGAAUAAACUGGAACAGAGUUGCUGUCAUGACUGGUGUUCUGGUGUUUUUCUUGGUCGUCGCAUUUGUACAUUUUCUGUAGCAGUGCUUGUGUCUGUGCUGCCGUGGUCUACAGCUCCAGAAGCUCUGGUUGUUUACGUCCCCCAGCAGAGUGUCUGUCUCCCCACAUCCCUCCCCCCUCCUCUCCUCAACCUCUAUAUAUAUCCUGCCCAAUCACACUCCAGGGUCACAUUUCAGCCCUCCCUCCCCUGUACUCUCUCUCCCGUGUUCCUCCUCUGCCUCUCACGUCCUUCCCUCGCCCCUCCCCGGUCCCCCUGCGCUCAGCGUCGGUAGGGAGGUCACGCAGAGACGUCCAGGGGGGGGGAUGUCGGUGGGCCGUGUUGGCCUGCUCCUCACCCAGAUCCUCCAUACUGUGGUGACGAGGCUGAGGCAGGUGCUGAAUCUACCAGGCCUGCUGUCUCUCCUGCAACCAGGCCCAGGACCAGGGCCAGGAACAGAGUGGGCCAUGGAGGAAUUGACCCCCAGGCGGGAGAGCUUGAGGCAGCUGAAGGCCCGCUUCCUGGAGGCCUUGGUGGCCAACGACGCCCAGGAGGUUGUGCAUGUCCUCCGCAGCACCGGCCUGGACAUCGACACAGUGCUGGAGGUGGAGGACACCAGCAUGCUGCUUGCAUCAUACAAACAAGGAUACUGGUUGCCAGGUUACACGCUGGAUUCGUCGUGGGCGACGGGCAUCCACGUGUGUGUGAUGAACAACUCCCUGGAAGCUGCCCUGGCUCUCCUCCAGCAGGGGGCAGCGGUGAACAGGAAGCCCAACGGGAAGACCCCGCUGCACGUCGCCUGCGAGGCGUCGCACGCAGACUGCGUCGCCCUGCUAUUGGCUCACGGGGCCAGAGUGAACAGCAUAUCGCUGAGCGGACACACCCCCCUCCACUACUGCAUCACCAGCGAGUCUGUCGACUGUGCCAAGCAGGUCAUAAUGAAAGGAGGAAAGGUGAACAUGCCCAGCCAGAACAGCGAUGAAGACACGCCCCUCCACACCGCGGCUCGUUUCGGCAUCCCUGAGCUGGCUGCCUUGUACCUGUCCCAUGGAGCCCUCGUGAACGCCCUGAACUCCCGCUUGGAGACGCCCCUGAUCACAGCUGCCUUCUGGGCCCUGGACGCCCGCCUGCAGACCUACAGCCAGGAACACCACCUGGUCGCCCGCAUCCUGCUGGACCACAACGCUGACCCCAACCUCCAGGAGGAGGACCACAAGACGGCGUUGCACACGGCAGCGUGGAGCUGUGACCACGUGCUGCUGCACAUGCUGCUGGCGGCGGGAUCGGCACCCCGGGUCAUGGACAUGAACGGCUGUGGGCCGCUGCACUACGUGCUGAAGGUGACGGGCGUCCGGCCGGCGGCACGGCCCGAGCUCUGCUACCAGCUGCUGCUCAACUACGGAGCGCCACGCGUCUACCCCCCGCAGUUCCACAAGGUGCUGCAGAGCUGCCAUGCGUAUCCCAGAGCUGUGGAGGUCCUGGUCAACUCCUACCCUAACAUCACACACACCAGGAAGUGGAGAGAGGCCAUUCCAGAUCUCUCCUACCAGCAACACGAGGACUUCUACGAGUCCCUGUUCUCUGUGUGCUCCAACUCGCCCCGCAGUCUGCUGCACCUGGCCAGGUGUGCCGUCCGCCUGGCCCUGGGACCUCGCUGUCACCUGGGGGUCCCCCUCCUGCCCCUGCCCCCCUCCCUCCAGACGUACCUGCUGCUGGAGCCCCAGGGCCUGCUGGACUGACAAGAGUGCGUGCACCUGUGUCAGAGUACGUGCAUGUGUGUCAGAGUGCGUGCACGUGUCAGAGUACGUGCACGUGUGUCUGUGCUGCAUCUCUACUGUCGCCUUUUCAAUACAUGGACCUAUGGGUUUGAAGUUACACAGGUGGAGUCGAUGAGCGAGAAGACCCUCUCUGCCCAGGUGCCAUGCCUGAACGAGGCUUCGCUCGUUUCUGGUUUCUCUUUCGCUCUAGUGUGGAACAGUGACUCAUUGCUGUGGCCUCUCUCUCUCAGAUGAACUCAAAUCACCCGCAGACACGCUCUCGCUCCAAUACCCUUCUAUUGGGAGAACAAACACUUGACAAAGCGCUCCAAACAGAGAGCUGCUUGUUCGAUGUGCACUCGGCUGUAUCUAUGCAGCGCCUGCUUCACUGUACCUUAUGGACUGAAAAACCCAAAUUGCUUAAAACCACAAAUUGCUUAAAAGUCAAGCAAGAAGCACUGAGAAUGUCAAGUAAGUAUACUCAAAUACCAGAUCUGUACAGUAUGAUAAUUGAUACAUUUUCAUGGCCAAUUUCAACACAAUUGCUGUGAAUUCUUCAUCCGGUUCACAGUCAUGUUCCUGAGUAUCAUUUAAAAUAAACAGCUGUUUUUCAGGCCCAUUUACCCUGUGUUGAAAAGAACAGGAAGGAAUAUGACCUGGGAAUAUCCCACCUGCCAUUACAGAUAAGUACAGUCAAGCUCACUGUGGAAUCCUUUUUUUGUAUCAGAGGACCCAUUGUAUUGUGAAUGUGCCCUAUCUCAUAAUCAACUUACAUUAU